CUCAUCAAGAGAGCGUUUUCUAAGUCUACAAUCAUCUUUGUCUUUGAACCUCUGAGUUGCUCCCCCUUCGAUUAGCUAGCUGCUAUGGAAACGGAUGGUCAGAGAGUGUACUCUGUUCUUACAACAAAUGAAGUUGGUGAGAAGAUGACGAGUGAAAUCAACCAGAUCUCGGAAGUCUUCUUGCUGUCCAAAUCUGAUGCAACCUUAAUCCUAAUCUCUCUCCGUUGGAACUCGUUCAAGGCUUCAGACCGUUUGGGCGACGACAAGGAGAAACUCCUCUCGGACUUAGGUUUGGUUAAAGUUUUCAGUUCGUGUCAAGAAAGCGAUUCUGUGUCUUCUUUCGCAGGUCAUGAAAAUCUGGUCUCCACACCCUUUUGUUCACACGAGUUUUCUGAAACUUGUUGGAAAAGUCAUCUCAACAACCUUCUGGAGAGGAAGACGGAGGAGGAAGAGAGAGUCGUUUGCCCUAACCCAGACUGUGUUGCUCCUGUUGGACCCGAUACCAUUGAGAAACUCACAGAACCAGCGGUGAAGAUGAUGUACGAUAGAUACGUUCUGGGAUCUUUCGUUGAGGCCAACAAGGAAUCGAUCAAGUGGUGUCCUGCGCCAGGUUGCGAAUACGCCAUUGAGCUUCAUGAGGAUCUCUUGGAAGAUGAUGAGUCUUCUCUUGACUUAGGUGUGGUGUGUUUGUGUGGUCACACAUUCUGUUGGAGUUGCACGCUCGAGUCACAUCGACCCGUGACCUGCAAGGAUGCUUCUGUUUGGUUUAGUUCCACCUUGGAUACGUUAAAGAGCAAUGCUUGGCUCCUUGAAAACACCAAACGUUGUCCUAACUGCAACUGUCACGUGCAGAGGACCGAUGACCCUGUUUUGAGAAUGAUAACUUGUAUCUGCAGUUGUAGCUUCUGUUGGCGCUGCUUUCGGUCAGAGGAAGAGCACAACGGAAAAUGGAAUUGUGUUGAAUUCUCUUUUCAGCUAUCAAUGAGACAAGUGGACGAUUCUCGUUACCUGCGUCUGUGGGAGACAUGUCUUGAAGAGUAUGAGAAUUCCAAGUCGGAUCUCAAAGCCAUAGAGGAGAACGGCGUUCCAAGACUGACGGAUAACUGCAAUUUUAACGAGCGAGACGUUGAUGCUGUAAAGGAAGCAACUCUGCUUAUGGUCCAGUGUAGGCUUGUAUUGAAAUGGAGCUGUGCUUAUGAAUAUUUCAUAGCCAUGUACCAAAGCGCCAAGACGCAGUAUGUGAAGCACCUUCGAGGAGAAGCUACAAAGACACUUCUUAGGCACAUAGCGACUCAAGAAGAGUUGAUGAAUAAAGCUCUCACAUCUGGUUAUUUCAGUUCCUUCAAGGUCAAGUUGUCAGACAGUUCAACAAUCACUGGUAACUACUUCCAUGAAUAUGUCAAGACUCUUGAAAGUGGUUUCCCUGAAAUUCAGGUUGACACUUAGUUCCAUAUGUAAUUUAUAAGAUUUUCUCUGGAUCAUUUGAAUGUGUUUGUACUUUGAAGACUUUUGAAUAAUUAACUACCUGUUCGUUUUUGUA